AUGAGGUCGAUAGUACUGUUGUGUUUUGUGGGUCUGGUGGCUGCUAAGCCCACAGGGGAGGAAGACGUCUUCAACUCCGUGGUGGGAGUGGUGAAAACGUGCGGCGAACAGGACGUGUCCUUGUGCCUAAAGGAGCGUGCACUGAAAUACGCGGAAAACCUCGCUUCGUCACGGGAGAUUAGCAUCUCUGAAGGCAUCACCUUGAUCGGAACUGGAUCCCCACGAUCAGCCAGGUCCUUUGAGCCUCUGCCAGAGGAACCCAGGUCCAGGGAGAACCAGGUGGAGUCCAGGCUGCUGGACGCUGCUGCCGACUUCCUUGAGAACCAUGUCAUCCAGCUGCGGGUUCCCAAGUCAACAGUGGAGGAUGUCAAGAGAUCACUUGAAGAAGGUCGCGGCAAGAAGAAGAAGCUGAAGCAGCUCAUCCCUCUGUUCGCUCUACUCCAACUGAAGAUCCAGUCCCUCAUCCCUCUCUUCCUGGCCAUCAUCGCCUUCGCAGCCAUCAAGGGUGUCCUGCUGGCCAAGGCGGCUCUUCUGGCUUCGGCGCUGCUGCUCCUCAAGAAGCUCCUCUCCAAGCAUGAGCAUCAUGAGAGCUAUGAGGUGGUAGCCCAUCCUCAUCAUGAGGAGCACUUCAGCCAUGGAGGCGGCCAUGGGGGCUGGGGAAGGUCGCAAGAUGCCCAGAACCUCGCCUACAAUGCUUACUCCCAAUGAACCAGGAUACCUCAGCUGACAGUCGCUCGACAGUCAUUUGACAGAAGC